AAAUUGAAGCUGUGGUGACUCGUGACGGAGUAUCGUGACUCAGUUCACCAUCGACGAUGGUGUGAUACACUUAUAUUUGUAAUAAAAAAUUUUUCUAUAAUAAUCAAUAAAUAUAAUUUGUAAUUAUGUGUAAUUAAUGAAAUAAAAAUAAUAAUAAUCAAUAAUUAAAUAUUUUGAACUUUCUUUAUUUAAAUUGACAAAUAAAAAUGGCUAAUUCAGUGAAUAAAAAGGAUUGUGAUGAAAAUCACCAUAGACAUCGACAUCAUCAUCCGGAUCCAGCUGUCUUGGAUGGCAAUGAAGAGGAUGUCGAUAAGGAAUGGGAAGAUUUUACUCGAUUGAUGGCUAAAUUAAAAGACAGUCGGUCUAAUAGACCCAACAGACCUUCGCAAGCUUUCUACCCUUGUCCGCCGCCGAAAGAAGAUGACCAACCGGAAUUUGACCCCUUUGAUUAUCUUAAUACUAUUAUGUAUGGUCGCUAUACGAAAGAUUUGGGUGAAUUUGCAAAAGAAGAAGCACGAAAACUUAAAUCACACGAAAAAGCACGUAGAAAACUGGAUAAAGUUAGAGCUGAAGACUUACGCAAAUCAAGACGUGGCCCGUUAUGUCGAAAAGCUGUCGCGUUGCUGGCAUGCAUUUGGAAACAUACUGGAGCGAGGUUGGGUGAAGACUGGGUUUUUUUGGCAUUGCUGGGAAUUAUUAUGGCACUAAUUAGUUAUGCGAUGGAUCGUGGAAUCUCAAUGUGUAAUAACGCCAGGAUAUGGUUGUAUCAAGACUUAACAACCCACCCGGCAUUACAAUUCCUAGCAUGGGUAUCACUACCAGUCUGUUUGAUCCUCUUCAGCGCGGGAUUCGUUCACAUCGUAGCUCCACAGAGUAUCGGGUCAGGAAUACCCGAAAUGAAGACUAUUUUACGAGGGGUUGCCUUGAAAGAGUAUCUGACCUUCAGAACACUAGUUGCCAAAGUUAUCGGGCUGACAGCAACCUUGGGAUCUGGAUUACCCCUAGGGAAAGAGGGUCCAUUCGUCCACAUAGCCAGUAUUGUAGCAACCCUGUUAUCAAAAUUGGUGACAAGUUUCCAGGGUAUUUACGAAAACGAGAGCCGUAACUGCGAAAUGUUGGCUGCUGCCUGUGCAGCCGGGGUCGCUUCCUGUUUCGCGGCACCCAUUGGCGGUGUUUUGUUCAGCAUUGAAGUAACCACUGUUUACUUCGCCGUGCGUAAUUACUGGCGAGGUUUUUUCGCGGCCGUAUGUGGGGCGACGAUGUUCAGAUUACUGGCGAUAUGGUUUCAGCGCGAAGAAACAAUAACUGCGAUGUUCGCUACUAAUUUUACGAUGGAUUUCCCAUUUGAUCCGCAAGAAUUGUUUAUUUUCGCUUUAAUUGGGGUCGGUAGUGGGCUCGGAGGCGCUUUCUACGUUUGGUUACACCGUCAGUAUGUAAUAUUUAUGCGCAAAAACAAAAGCAUGAAUUUGUUUUUGCAGAAAAAUCGUUUUUUAUACCCGGGUAUCGUGUCCCUAUUGGUCGCAUCCGUAUCAUUCCCGUUGGGACUCGGUCAAUUUAUGGCGGGUGAACUGAAUACGCAUAACCAAGUUCAGGGUUUGUUUACCAAUUUCACAUGGACUAAAUCUAAGUUAAGUGUCGAAGAAAUGAGUGUAGUAAAGCAUUGGUCGACACCUUACUCUGACGUAUUCGUCGGGCUUUUUUGUUACGUUUUAUUCACAUUCAUAUUCUCAAUUAUUUGCUCGACUGUUCCCGUACCUUCGGGUAUUUUUAUACCGGUGUUCAAAAUUGGGGCAGCUUUGGGACGGGCUGUUGGCGAAGCAAUGGCACUUGGAUUUCCCAAUGGUGUUCGUAUUGGUGCAUUCAACACUCCUAUUACACCAGGAGGGUAUGCAACAGUAGGUGCAGCAGCAUUUUCAGCGGGAGUAACUCAUACAAUAUCUGUAAGCGUUAUUGUUUUUGAAAUGACUGGGCAAAUAACUCACAUCGUUCCUAUUAUGAUUGCCGUGCUUAUAAGCAAUGCAAUAGCAGCAUUACUCCAGCCAAGCAUAUACGACAGUAUUAUUCUUAUUAAAAAACUACCUUAUCUGCCAGAUUUAUUACCAUCAAGUUCAGGAAUGUAUAAUAUUUAUGUAGAAGAUUUUAUGGUAAGAGAUGUUAAAUACAUUUACCAUGGAAUAAGUUAUCAAAAGUUAAAAGAAACAUUAAAAGAAAAUCGUAAGUUACGUGGAUUUCCAUUAGUCGAUAAUCCAGAUUCGAUGAUAUUAUUAGGAUCAAUUCAAAGAUUAGAACUAAUAAAACUUAUCGAAAAACAAAUUGGUCGAGAAAGACGUCUUCAGGUCGCACAGAAACUCCAAAAGGAAGCUGAAGAACGCGCUAAAGAAGAAAUGGAACGUAAAUUACGUGAUCCAGAACGUACAAGGCGGCCAUCACGUUUCGAAGUUAUUCCAGCGCCGGAUAUCCUUAAAAUGCAGCGUCAGAGUGUUAAUGAUUUAACCAGCGCGGGAAAUGGAUCCGACCAUCAUACGUAUCAUACACCGUGUUUUGGUACACAGCCAAAGAAAUCAAUCCUCAAGAAAACAAACUCUUUUACACUUAAAGGAUUCAGUCCAUUGGUCAGUCCAGCAAUGACUCCUUAUACGACAGUGACUGGAGCAGAAAGUAGAAUCAGGCUGGCGUUCGAAGCCAUUUUUCGUAAGUCAGCUACACUUCAGGAUGUUGAUCCUGAUCCGGAAGUUGGAAAUACUAAUGUUACAAGCAGCGAUAGUGUUGAUGAAGCGAAUAUACCUCCACAUACUCCUAUGCUAGCGCCGAGUCCUGCUGCUUCAAAAAAAGUCCAGUUGCCACGUGAAAGAGUGAUUGAUAUGUCACCCGAGGAUCAAAAACGAUGGGAAGAAAGUGAAAUGUCAUCAGAAGUCGAUUUUUCACGAUGUCACAUUGACCCAGCGCCUUUUCAACUUGUAGAAAGAACUUCACUGCUAAAAGUCCACAGCCUUUUCAGUAUGGUCGGUGUUAAUCACGCCUACGUAACAGCCAUCGGUAGAUUAGUUGGCGUCGUUGCGUUAAAAGAGCUGAGGAAAGCCAUCGAAGACGCUAACUCUGGUAUACCACCAGCGCACGCAGAUAUUAAUCCAACAAUAUCUGUAUCCAGUUUAACUAAAAGUGAUGCUGAUACAGAGAUUAUCAAAGAUGAUGAUAAUUUGAAUUCAAUAGACGUUAUCAUUGAUGAUAAAUCACAUAAUAAGGUUGAUAAUAUUUAAUUAUAAAUAUUUUUUAAUGGAAAUGUUUAUAUCUUUAUCAUUUAAAUAAUUAUUUUAUUGUGAUAGUCUCGUCAAUUUUGAGACGUGACCAUAAAAAAAAUUUUUUUUUUAUUUUAUUUUUAAUCAUUAUGAGUAAUUACGUAAUGUUUUUAUUUUUGUUCUCGAUUAAGUAGAAUUUUACGGCAGGCUCCGUAGCCCAAAUUAGAUAUUUAUUUUUAAUAAUUAUGUUUACUUGAACCAUAUAUUUUACUAUAUAUUUAUUGAGCCGGAGAUUAUUUUUAAUGGUCACGAAUUUUUUUUAUUAAAAUUUUUUUUUAUGUUGAAAAAAAAAAAAUACUGAAAAAAAAACACGGAGCAAAAUGGGACUGUUUAGUUAAAACGAAAAUAAUGAUUAAUAUUUUUUAAAAAAUUGUGGCCCGAAGUCUGAUAAAAAUUUUAAAUGGAAGCUAUUGAAAUUAAUUUAUGUAUUAUCUAUAAAUACAUUUAUAGAUGGCUCUGAUUAAAAACUCCGAUUAGGAAAUUUUAAUCGGAUUUAAUCGGAAAGUUCCGAAUGAAUCCGAUUGAAAGUUAAUCAGAAAUAGGAAAGUUAAUCGUAAAAAUUAUUAUUUUCCCAUUGAAUUUCAAUCGGAUUUAAUCGGAGUUUUUAUAAUCAGGGACAAGUCCAUUUAUAGCGAUCAUACUCCAUUUUGCUUAACCUCGUCCUAUAGUAAUAUUAUAUGUAAAAAAGCGUUUGAAGUUUGUGACCAAGGUUGUGCCAAUAUAAUCAAAUAUAAUAAUAAAUAAAAACAAUAUAUAUAUAUUAACAAUCACAAUUUUUAAAAAAUAUAUAAAUAUCGAACAUUCCAUCUUACGUCUAUAUUAUUAUCUAGACAGCGAAAAAAUAUAAAUAUCGGGAGAGACCUGCUGCAAUUGUAACAAUAAGUAUUACACGGAAAGAAAAUUCUAGCAAAAUUUACGAUGUUAAUAUCGUAAUCGUGGACUAGACUUUAAGUAUCAUCAAUUUUAAAAUAUCUUAUUUCGAAAUUUACUAUGUGGGUUAUAUUUUUUUACUAUUUAACAUCGUAAUUUUAACAAAGACUUUUAGGGUUAAAAAUAACUUCAAAAAUUACAAUUUAACAUCGUAAAAAAAAUAAAUAAAAAUUCAAAUUCAAAAACUAUAUUUAUUCCUAUGUUUAUCUUUCUAUGUACUUUUCAAUAAAAUAAAUACAGUGCUGCCUCUGUAAGCUAUAAAAAUUACGAUAUUGUAUCGUAAUUUUUGAAUAUUAACUGCGGAAUUCGCAAGAGGCGCUCUGAUGACUCAUAAAUGUUUAUUCAAAUUUUUUAUAUGGAGCUUAAAAACCAUCUAAAGUGUAAGCUCUUUGGUGGCCGAGUGGUCCGUGUCGGACACUUCGCACUCGAAAGGACUUGGGUUCGAACCCAACGUCCGAACGACUAUUGUUUUACUCUUUUAUUUUAAAUUUCUCUUAAAAUUUUACGAUAUUCACAUCGUAAUUUAUACUAGAGAGCUUAAGACUUGGUAUUAUUUGUCUGAAGUAUUAUUUCUUAAAUGAAAUUUCCAACGCUACAUCGUAAAAAUUAUGAUUUUGAAAGUAUAGUCCACCACUACAAUAAUCAAUAGGACAAAUUACGAUAUUAUUAUCAUAAAUUUAAUGAGAAUUUUUUUUUCCGUGUAAGGUUUAAAAAUAUAUACUUUUUUUUUUGCUGUAAAUCAUUGAACUGAAGAAUUUCUAAUAAUUUAUAGGCUAUCAAUAAUUCUUAAAACUUUUGUUUAUUAUAAAAUUUUUUGAAUGGUCUUCAUAUUUUUCUAUAUAAUAUAAUGUUUUAUUUUUUAUAAAUAUAUAAAAAAUGAUAGUAUUAGAUUUUUAUUAAUUGAUUUAUUGUUUUUUGUUGAUAUUUGUUUGUGAAUGUAAUGGCUCGAAGGACCAAAAUGUAAUUUUACUAUCUGCUGUAAUUGUAACACGUUUACUGUACAUGCGCAUAUAGAUUGCGCACUAGAUCUAUAUAAAUCUAUCUACGUCGAUCUCAAAAGUAUAAUAAAUUGAUCUACAAAAAUCUAACCUAUUUCUCCGGAUAUAGAUCAGACUCAAUACUAUUUCAUAACACAUAAAAUAGUGCAGCUACAACUAUCAUAAAUAAAAUAUACUAAAUGUUAAUUUAGAAAGAAAAGGUUACUUUAUGAAAAGAAGUACAGUUUUACUCAUUACAAACAAUUAUUUUACUUCAUGUUACAAUUACAUUUUGGCGAUCAAAAUGGCAACCCUUCGUCGCCAUUUUAACAUCCAACCAAUUAUUACAAAUUAUUUAUAUUUUUUUUUACAAUCGCAGUGACUCUCUCCUAUUAGUUAACAAAUUGAACUGAACAAAUUGAUAAUGCAUAAAAUGUACAUAAUAAAUUAAAUAAAAUUGUUAAUUAGUCAUAUAUAUAUAAUUUUGUAAAUAUUGUAUAGAUAUGUAACGAUGCAAAUUUUAAGAAAAAUGAAAAAAAAAAAAAGACAUUAAA